AUGCAGCUCGUCAGCGUGAGUCUGCCAGAUCUCUGUCUUGUCAGCAAGGAGCAGCAGCUGGAUUUCGCACUUGGGGGCACGCUGCAACUGCGGUUUCCAGAUGGCGUGGACGUCCCAAGAACAAGUAGCGACUUGUUGAUGCUGGUUACGGAGAAGCACUUGUGGAUUGCGCGAACGGGAUCUUGCUAUCUGCGACUUGAUGUUUCGAUUCAAGGCGAACCUGUGUCAGAUGGGAACCAUAUUGUAAAGCUUGUGGAAUGGGUGAGGGAUUGUGAGGUCUGGAGCCGAGCGGGAAUUUGUCUGCAUGUCCAAGAGAGAAAUGCGAUCGAAUCUUCGGGGGCGAUAUCGUUUUCCAUACAGCAUCCGGAUUUAUCAUCUACACUGAUUACUCAGAGAGAUGCGUUCACGGCAGAGUUUGAGUCUGUGAAUUGCCACAUCGAUCUUUCUCCGAACAAGGAUUUGACACCGGAUGAUCAGAGGGCGAUUGAUGCUUUUAUACAAAGCCUGAAUAUGAUACCCACUCAACAGGGACGCAGCGGAUCUACCCCAAGGUCAGGUCUGAGCUGUUUAACCAGUGGAAAACUUGAAUUCUCAGAGAGUUUCAAGCAAUUAUUCGAGGCUGCUUUGGAGAUACUUGUUCUCGGAUCACGCAAGCAGUAUAAAGGAAUUACUACGGUUAACGGUACUCACGCAGAGUGCCUGAUACGGUUGGCGCCUGCAGUAUUUAACAGGCCAUACCUCAAGACUAUAUCUGAUAGGGCCCCUCUACUCCCCAUCAUAGCCACCUCGCUUGCUCGAAUGAAGAAUGCCGAAUCCCCAAGUCUUCGGCAAAAAGCUUCUUCAUUCGCAGCCCGGAUGACUAACGCUGAAUGCAAUCACAACGACCAUAUUAUAAGAGGAAUUGAGAAAAGUGCGUGGAAUGUCUUGCUAUCGACAACCAAGAUGCCAAAAUUACCAGGAAAAGGAGGUCACGAUGUUCAGAGAUUGGCGUCAAAUGUAGAGUCUAAGUCAGGAACUGGAUUCUGGGAGCACACAGUCGUGGAGAAAGAAGAGAAAGAGGACAUGGGAUUGAUUACGAUAUCGCCAGGUACACUCGGAAGACAAUCUACCGGAGGUACAGGCAAGUGGUACCUCAUUUUUAUCAACAUCUCCUAUUUGCUACACCCAAGCGGAGUCGAGUUAUACAGUCAAUCCAUUUGGAAUGGAUGGUAA